AUGGACCUUCCUUGGGGGACCAGGGAAGGGAUGAGGGGCUCCCUGGAGUCUGGAGUCAGGACUGAGUCCCGUAGACACACACCAACCAUCUGCUCUGAAUCGGACAACUACUGUGUGACUAUAUCUGCUGCUGCUGGCGUUGGAAAGGUUGUGGACUUCGGCCACAGCCUGAACAAGGGCUGCUCCCCAAUCUGCCCCGGCCCAAGCGUCAAUCUCGGUGUGGCGUCCGUGGGUACCCACUGCUGCCAGAGCUUCCUGUGCAAUUUCAGCGCAGCUGACGGCGGGCUGCGGGCCAGCGCCACCCUGCUGGGCCUCGGGCUGCUGCUCAGCCUACUGCCAGCUCUGCUACGUCUUGGCCCCUGA